AUGGCUAUACAAUAUUCGAGACCACUGGUGCAGGUGAUUCUUGUUGGGAUUAUCUUACUGCUCACCUCGGGGAUGUUUAAUGCCUUGAAUGGUAUGGGUGGUGGUGGACAAUUAGAUACAACAGUGGCAUCAAAUGCAAAUGUAGCAUUAUACACAACAUUCUCAGUUGGAGGUCUAGUGGCCGGAGGUGUUGUCAAUAUAAUAGGACCGAAAUAUGCGAUGGCAAUAGGUGGAACUGCUUACGCUUUGUAUGCUGGCUCUUUACUGAACUAUAAUCAUAAUAAAAAUGAUUCAUUUGUUAUUGCUGCUGGUGCUUUGCUUGGUCUUGGCGCUGCAUUAAUUUGGACUGGUGAAGGUGCCAUUAUGACUUCUUAUCCAUCCGAGAAAAAUAAAGGAAAAUAUAUUGGGAUAUUUUGGGGAAUAUUUAAUUUAGGUGCUGUGCUCGGAUCAAUAAUUCCAUUAGCAUUGAAUUGGAAUUCAAAAGAAGGAUCAGUAAAUGACGGCACAUAUAUAGGAUUCUUAGUGUUGAUGGGCUUAGGAUCACUUUUUGCAUUGGCAUUGUUACCUCCAAGCAAGGUGUUUCAUAAAGAUGGACGUCCUGUGGCAGUCGAAAGAUUCCCGUCAUGGUCUUCCGAAGCAAUCGAGAUUGCGAAAUUAUUUCUUGAUUGGCGAAUGAUUUGUUUGAUUCCAAUGUUUAUGGCGAGUAAUUGGUUUUACGCUUACCAGUUUAACGGUAUAAAUGGAUUCUACUUCAACAUACGAACGCGAGCAUUCAACGACGUCUGGUAUUGGGCGGCGCAAAUAUUUGGUGCAUUAAUAUUUGGAAGAUUUCUAGAUACCACGCGCUUCGAUAGACGACAACGAGCAAUCUUCGGUCUAGUUAUUCUUUUCGUGACUUUUAUGGCUACCUGGAUUGGCGGACUGAUUUUUCAAUUGACAUAUAAACGAAGUGAUAAAGUUACGCCAAUGGACUUGUUCGAUCGUGGGUAUGCGGAAAAAUGCAUUCUUUAUAUUGCUUAUGGAUUGAAUGAUGCAAUGUUUCAGUUGUACGCGUAUUGGAUCAUGGGAGCAUUAACCAACGACACAGCACAACUUUCACGUUAUAACGGAUUCUACAAAGCAAUACAAUCAGCUGGUGGCGCAAUAUCCUGGCGAAUCGACGCAGUCGGCACCGCAUUUCUUCCUCAAUUGCUUGUUUGUUGGAUGCUACUCGUUGCCUCGAUUCCUGGAGCGAUGGUUGUCGCGUUGAGUAUUAAAGAAACUAAUUAUUUGAAGGAGAAAGAUAAUAAUGUCGAAAAGCCGAGUACUGGUGACAGUAAAGCGGGCGAUGUUACUGAUAGUGAAGCGGUUUAG